AUGGAAUCCACCAGCAAGACCAUCGAUCUCAAGAUCGUCCCCACCGAGACCCCCGUCAAGACCCCCGUCGAUCAGUUCCCUGAUCAACCCGUCGUGGAGUCCGCUGGUCAUUGCGGAAGACGCAGCAGACGCAAUGCCUGCCGAAAAGGCAAAUUCGAUGACCUUGAUUAUGACAAUGUCACCUAUGAAGGCGUGGACCGAACGAGCACUGCAGGCAGCGCGGCACGAACUUUCGUCUCCCGAGAUGAAAGAACCUUGUCUCUUGUUGUCGGCGUGGUCGAGGAGGGCAUAUGGCAAGUCAAGCAAGCCAUCGCUUGCGCUGAAAUUCCCUUUCAAGCAACAAUGUUUCCAAUCCCCGGCACCGAGUGGAAACCGCAUGCGUCCGACAUCGAUGUUUACGGCAUCGAAGCGAACAACCGGCCGCGCGCCUACAUGCUCACGAUUAUCCUAGACGAGGGCUUUAACCGCGAACUACUCCCGCAAGUGGGAUUAGCCACUUCCAAGGCCGACAAAGAACUCUCAAAAGCUCAAAGGAAGCUCGACAAACUCGAGGAGCGCGAAGCAGAUGAAGAAGAGAUCGAGGAACAGAGAACCAUCACCGAAGCAGUGUAUGACAGUACCUACAUGGAACAUGCCACCACCAGUGUCUACGGUUAUAUCUCAAGAAUAUCAGCUCACAUUACCCUGAGAACUCCCAAUACAACAGACGAUGUUCGUCGAAUGAUUCAGGCACAGCUCAUCGCCGAAGAACUCCGCGCUCAGCCGGGAGAAGACGAGGUAGCACACAUGAAGCGAAUCCGGACCUGGCUAGGCCAGCAACGGAACAUCAUCCGCCCAUUGGCAGAUUGGCCAAGUAACUUCAAACCGCCCCCGUUCAUCGUCGACGCCCCUCAUAAAGUCCCGCUUCACCUUGGUGCAUAUUUCGCAACUAUUACUCGUGGUGAAAAGAAGAUCCUCGCCCGUAUCGAGUAUGAUUUUGAUGAUAAAUCAUUGUGUUACGAGGCAAACGCAAUUAAUCUCAUGAACAACGUGGAGACUAAUUCAUCUGCUGCGGAAUGGUGGGAAUACAUUCUAGCCUUCAACCCGGACCUUAUUACCCAAGAGUCAGACCUGUGGGAGAGAUUCCCUGGAAUCGCGGACGGCGCUGCCAAUGGUCGUUUUGUUGGACAGCACCUUGAAGCAGCGCGCAUCCUGAAGAAGACUAACCAGGGCAAGGUCAUUAUUGCGGGAGGUCCCGGCUCCGGAAAGACCUCUUUUGGAAUCCUCAUCGCGCAGGCCGUUGUAGAAGGGGGAGUCGUCGACACUUUACCUACCCCAAUCCCAUCAGCAGCAAGUUUGACAUGGGUGGAGCUAGAAAGACGACUGAACGAGCAAACCAACGUUCUGCGCAAGGCCCUGGUAGUGUGGACUGCACCUCAGAACGCGCAAGUUCUUGAUGCGACAAUCCGCCUGCACAAGGCAAUUCCCGGCGGCAUCAUCAUCAAAGUGCACACAUGGAAAGCAGAAGUCGCAGCCUUACUGGACGCAGAGGUCCGUACCCCAAAGGUCAUAGAGCCAGGCCCCAACGCCACCGCUACGGAACGCACCAUCGCCCGAUUGUUGAACACGUUUUACACGAAGGAGUUCAAUAAGCACAGCCCAGCCGCAGACCCGUACUCCAUCUCGUCGCAGUUGCGAGCACGAGCGAUGGCAGAUCCUGAAGCAAACCGGCUGAUGUUUGAGGUUUGGGAGAUGAGAGUCAACGACCCGGUCGUUUUCGAAACCAAUUGCUCCGAAAUUACAGCCAGAUUUACAAGGAUCAUGAAAGAUUUCGUCCGUUCUGCAAACGUUCUUGUUGGUACGCCGGUCGCAAUCAAGAUUUUAUUCGACCACCUAUCAAGCAGAUCAGAAGCGUUGCGCCCUGAUCUUAUCAUCAACGACGAAGCUGGCAGGAGCACGGAAGCCAUGUCCCUCGUGCCUUUGGCCAAGUUCCCGGAGACACCAACACUUUGGUUGGGAGACGGCAAACAACUCGGUCCAAUGACCCCGGCCGCAUUCGACUCAGUGGACAAACCGCUAUUCCAGGACCAACGUGGCAUGAGCCUCCUCAAGAGAGCUCAGGAGACGGGCAACGCCGAUUUCACCUUCUAAGAGCCACAGGGGACAUGCUGAUGCGCACGAAUGGAUGCGAGAGACAAGCUUUGGGUGGAAAGGGAUGGAGGAGCUGGAGGAAUUGAGACCAUGACAUGCAUUACGCUGGAUGGGAUGUUGGACUAUUGUACUACUAUAUUUCCUUUUUCUUCUUCUUUUAUAUAUAUUCUUUCUUCUUCUUA